CACCAUGUGCUUCCGCUGGCGCACCCGUGUCCACCUCUCUGUGCGCCUGCAAGAUGCUCCGCCCCUCUAGCUCCUCCCUACGUGGGGCCAUGUCGCAGGAGGGUGGCGCCCGGCCAAAAGCCAAGCAAGAUGCGGGUCCCGGCGCCCGCCCCGCCGCCCGCUGGAGAGCCCGAGCGAGCCGAUCCCUGGAGAGGCAGAGCCUUUCGCCGCCGGAAGCGGACGGAGGCGGCUCCUCGGGGUCCCCGGAGCCCGUCGGCAAAGGGGUGGGCCGCUCCUUGCGCCAGAAGCUGCAGGCGGCCGUGGGGCAGUGCUUCCCUCUCAAGAGCGCCACCCGCUCGCUGGACCUCUCCGCGCAGCGCAAGAUCCACCUGCGGGAGCUGAUGCUCGACACCUGCCCCUUCCCUCCCGGCUCGGAGCUGGCGCGCACCUGGAACCUCAUCAAGCAGCACACGGCGCCCGUCUCCGAGCAAGAGGCCCUGGCCGCGCCGCGCUCCGACGACGAGGACGACCGCCUGCGGGAGCGCCGGCGCAUCAGCAUCGAGCAGGGGGUCGAGCCGCCCCCGGACGCCCUGAUCCACACCUUCGAGGUGACGGCGCAGGUCAACAACCCCCUCUACAAGCUGGGGCCCAAGCUGGCGCACGGCAUGAGCGAGCUGGCCGGCGCCGGAUGGGCGGCGCUGGCGGCUGCGGACGAGGAGGAAGAGGAGGAGGAGGAAGAGGAGGAGGCCGCGGGCUCCUCUUCCUGCGCCGCGGGGCUGCCGCCCGACGUGCGCAUCCACACCCAGAUCGACUACAUCCACUGCCUGGUUCCCGACUUGCUGCAGCUGACGCACCUGCCCUGCUACUGGGGCGUGAUGGACCGCUAUGAAGCGGAGGCCCUGCUGGACGGGAAGCCCGAGGGGACGUUCCUGCUGCGGGACUCGGCGCAGGAGGACUACCUGUUCUCGGUCAGCUUCCGCCGCUACGGCCGCUCCCUGCACGCCCGCAUCGAGCAGUGGAACCACAACUUCAGCUUCGACGUGCACGACCCCAGCGUCUUCCACGCGCCCACCGUGACCGGCCUCCUGGAGCACUACAAGGACCCCAGCGUGUGCAUGUUCUUCGAGCCGCUGCUCUCCGUCCCCGUCAACCGGACCUUCCCCUUCGGGCUGCAGCACCUCUGCCGCGCCGUCGUCACCUGCUGCACCACCUACGACGGCAUCGGGCGCCUCCCCAUCCCCAGCACCCUCAAGGCGUAUCUCAAGGAGUACCACUACAAGCAGAGGGUUCGCGUCCGGAGGCUGGACGCCUGGUGGAGCUGACCGGGGAGCCCGUGGCUCCCAUCUCCAGCUGGUUAAGCUCUCUCCCUCUCUCGCUCCCGUUUUACUCCCG